AUGGAUGGCGCCUCCAAAAGCGCCUUCUGCGCCGCCUCCGCCCUGCGCGCCAGCGGCGCGCAUGUCGCGGCUCUGGCGGCCGAGGGCACGGCCGCGCUGGCCAAUCAGCUCAAGAUGAACCACUACUCGGGCUCUCCCGGCGUGCUUCAGUCCCAGCGAGCCAUCCUGUCCAGCGUCAAGAUGUGGAACGUCUCCUCCAGCUUGCUGGAGGAGCCUUGCUGGCACUGCGGCAAAGGCCCAACCUGGGUCAGAGCGUCCUUCAAGUGGCAGGACAAGCACGUGGAGUUUCACAGCCUCACCGUGGACGAAGCUGGCAACAUCUCCGCGCAGCCCGGAUCCCAGCCGAAUCCGAAGCUGUGGAUGAGGACGGCUGGGGCGCAUGUGAUGGAAGAUUUACUUUGGAUCCUCAAGAACAUCAAGUACAUUCGAUCCGUUUCCCUUGGGCGCAGCGUGGAUUGCUUGGACGCCUCCUGGCGCCGGGGUAGCGGUGGAACUGCCACCUAA